CUUUGUGCCUCUAGUUGUUGCUGUUCUCGUGCUGAUGCUGGUAAACGUGAAUUUGAGCCAGUCAUGUCUCAGACUCGAAUCGGUUUUCUUGUGCUUGGAAAUGCGAACAGUUUUCCCUCCUGGUUUAUCCAGUCUGGGAUUUCUUCUGAACAGCGCUGGGGUCAUAAACUCCACUGUGUUACGCAGUGAGAACCUCACCAAUGUAACACGCCUCCAGAUUGACAACUCAGGAGUCACAGGAAUCGCUGAAGGUGCCUUCAGUUCUUUCGAGAGCCUCACAAAUCUGACCUUGGACAACAACUUGCUGACCGAGAUAAACCCAAACUGGUUGGGCCGUCCUCAUAUCCUCAGAGCGCUCAGCGUCACAGAAAACCAAAUUGAAACUCUGAAUGAGUCCAUGCUGGACGGUCUCACUCACCUUGUGGGGCUCAGUCUGAAUAAGAACAAAAUCAGAACAAUCCAUCAAAAUACUUUUAGCUCUAACAGAAUCCUGGCUGAGUUGGACCUGUCUGGGAACAGGAUGACUUGGGUUUCCCCUCAAGUCUUCCAGUCUCUCAGGUCCACCCGGAUCAGACUGGACGGGAACCCCUGGAACUGUUCCUGCAGAGCUGAAGACUUUGUGGACUUCCUGAAAGAUCUACAGAACAGAUCUCUGCUGGACAGACAGAUGGACGUGACCUGUGAGAGUCCUCCGUCUUUGAGGGGACAACGAGUGUGGAACGUGUCUGUGUGUGUGACAACAACCCCAACCCUGCAAACCUCUGAUAAUCCCACAGCAGGCCCCGCAUCCACAUCUGCAAAUGUUGUAACAAUACCUCCAUCAAAAACUCCAUCAGAGACACAUACCUCUCUCCAUCCCAAACCCUCUGACGCGCCCACAAUAAUGUCCUUGCACACCGUAUCUGUUUUGUUCUCUCUAGCAACAACUCCACCACAUACUCCAUCAGAGACACAAACCUCCGUCCAACCCGAACCCACAACGGUCCCUUCAUCUACUUUAAAGACUAGCUCAUUUGCAACUCAUGUGACAUCAACUCCAUCAGUAACCAAGAUCUCUGUCCAUCCUGGACCCCCUGUGACACCUACAACCACUGAUACUUGCGGGACAUCUCAACUAUCAAGAGAUGUCGUGAUAGUGGUCCUGGUGUUGCUCCUGUUGGCGCUGUGUUUCCUGAUGGUGCUGCACAGGAGGAAACGCAAAAACAAAACUGUGAUGCCCAUCAGUCCUGAAGAAAACAGUGACGAGUUAAGAGAAGACAGCAGAUCUCAGUCUCCGGGACACUCUGAGAAAAGAAAAAUCAGCCGGGGCGACUCAGAGACAGGAUGGAGGAGAUCUUUCACUGGAGUCAGAGCUAAGUCAGCAAAUGCUAUUCUCUUUGUGUCUCCUUUCUGUGCUCCUGUGAAAGAUCAAGUGACUUUACAAACUGAGGCUCAGACAACUGUCACAGAAAACCAAGCGGAAGUGAAGCAGAAACAGGGACACGACACCGGAGUACACGGAGAAAGUGAGACAGAAAAUCCGACAAAUGAUGCUGAUGUAAUAAAAUAUGCUAAACAAGCCGCUGCUGGUUUGAAUCUAGAUGAAACCCCACACUGCGUGCCUACAAAUACUGACACUGCACCUUAUCUGAGCAUUGGUACAGUCCAGAAUAAACUAACUUCUGAUGAUUUUAACAAACAGUCCACUGAUGCAGGUCAAAGAUCACAGGGAGGAAGAGUGAUAGGGAGGAUCUCCACCUGGCCUCCAUCUGCAGUACAGUGGCAGGCAAGGUGUAAAAUGAAGGAGGAAGAGGGAGAGGGAUCUGAUGUGUUCACUGACUGGACACUACAGUUUUCAGGUGAGGUGGUGAAAGGGUUAAAUCAAGAGCAGCAUCCCUUUGCGUCUGAUCUGGAUAAACAGGAAGAAGAAAUUGAGAAAAACCAACAUGAUCCCUUAAAAAUGAGUGUAGUUCACAUGACAUUUGGACUCUCUCAGUCCUUCCAACAAAACGAUGACACCAUCUCUCCCAGUGAGGACCUUUCCACCAGUGACACCAGACUAGAAGAGCAACUAAGGCAGGAGGAGGUGAUGCAGGAUGUUGCAAACGUGACUCAAAAUCUGAAUCAGUCUCCAAACCAAGUUCAGAAAUCUGCAGGAAAUGCUGAACUAAAGAGCAGCAAGAAGAGGAAUGAAGCGAGCAGGCAGAGGGCAGCGAAGGCUCCCUCUGGUGGAGCGUCACCUGAUGAUGAAACUCUACUGUCCGGCAACAAGUACGCCUUCAUCGACCUGCUGCAUGAGGUCUCCCAGAACAACGGCCGCUGGACCAGAGACAGGUGGAGGCAGAUCCAUGUCGACAAGCAGCGGCAUCAGGACAGAGGAACUGAGGGACAGUAGGAGGUUAUGAACACAAAACCUGACAUCAUAUAGUGCAGUUUUAAGAUACCUGAUGCAGUUAAACAUGAUUUUUGUCAGCAAUUAAAGGUAUGAUUUGAUAUUUAGGAAAAAACAAUCAUUUUGUUUUUAUAGCCAGAAGAUGAGAGAGAAAAUCAACUCUGUCCAUCAAAGGGAUUUUGUUUUUAGCCAUCAUAAUAUUAUAUUCUUGUAUUGGUUUAUAUCAUAUUUAAAUUAAUAUAUUUAGGUUUUAGACUGACAAGACAACACACUUAAAGACAUUAACUAGGCCUUUGAGAAACUGGUAUGAAGUUAUUUUACUGUUUCCCAUUUGAGUGGAAAACACAAAAUAAAGGAUGGUUAAACCCUACUUACUGACAUCAGUCAAAUGGGGUGAAGUUCCAAAAAAUCCCACACUCUCCCUAAUAUAACUGAACUUUUGACAUUAGAACUAUUCCUUUAAAAAAACAUGAACUCUACCUGAUUCGUAUUUUGUAUUGUAUUUUUUUUUAACAGAAAACCACACAUUGAAAGCAAUCACCUCGGCCUUUGAGAUACUGGUAUGAAAUAAUGUUACUGUUACACAUUUUAGUUACCAUUGAUUCCAUUCAAUGUUUUUUUGGCAAUUAUGUAGCCACAGCCACCAGACCGUUAGCUUAACAUAAACAUUUAAAGCAGAAGGAAACAGCUCGCCUGAAAGCACCUCCUAACAUCACUAAGUAACACUAAAUAGCUUGUUUCAGCACAAAAGUGCACAUUGUUUUUUGGUAAGAUUUAACUACAAAUUGUUUCUCAUAGCUUAAAUAUCCUUCUAGCUGUUUCCCCCUGCUUUCAUUAGUUUAGCUUUCGGGCAAAGCUAAGCUAAUUUCCUGCUAGCUUUAGCUUUAUAAAUAUCAUACAGACAUGAUAAUAGUGUCUUCAUUUAGAAUGAUUUAAAUCUGUUCUUUUAAAUUCAUAUUUUUUGACCAACAUAUCAACUGAGUGAUACAUUUUAUAUUUGAAUUUACAAGCGUGUCUAAAACAUUACAAUACAAAUGAUUUACUUCACCUGCUUCUGUAGUUAAAAUGUAUUGUAACACUGUUAUAGCAGAUAUAGUCAUACUUAUUCUAUUUUGAUAUGUCUCUUCUCAAAUUAAAUUACACAUUAUUUACAUGUGAUUGCCUCAUAUUCACCAUUGAAGUUGUCAUCAAUCUUUGAUCAAAUAAAAACGACUUUCCAUUCA